GUAGAAGAGACCCUCCCGAGUCCCGAGGAGCAGAAAGAAACAUUAUUAAACAGGCGCUCUGCGCUGUACGUGCAGUUGUGAGUCCGUAUCUCUUGGACGUGAAUAUUCAACAUUCAGCACAUGGACUAUGAACUGCUUAGAGUCCAUGUUAUAAGCUGCUUGUCUUUGUUAUCUUCGGCACACCACAGCAGAGUGCCGAGCUACAACACGCAGGCGGUACGACUCUACUCCACUUUUAUGGCUGAAUUAGCUUUCUUGGAUCCAUCCUUCGGACCAUCCUUCAUAUGACUUCAAUGUUGGCUUAACAUAACAUGAGGAAGAGACACUAAGACUCUCCCAUGGACUUCAGAUUCCACCUCUGCCUACAGGAUUUACUGCUGACCUCAUAAGUAUUUCCCUCUCACUGACCAGCCACAGUUCCUGCAAGCAAUCCCAUCAUGUCUUCAAUAUAUCCAGAUCCAGAAACGAUUGGGCGCUGCUAUGCUAUUAAACGUAUAGUUGAACGUGCCUUUGGUCUCAUUUGCUUACACAUGUCAAGGUUGAAUGACAGAACUAUUAGGGAAUACUGUAAGGAUGAAGAAAUUCCGAGAUUUAUUGUAAAUUUUUUCGAUGAUGUUGAAAGGGAAUUGAUUCAUACCUCUGGUUUUUUAGAAUUUGAAAUGAAGCUAAGUUUUAAGUUUUUGAAAACAUGUUGUGGCCUUAAGGGCCCUAGAGAUAAAUGCUGGAAUCCUAAUUUAGGGUCUGCUGAAGAAAAGGACACAUUUGAAUACCUCAUUGCUUACUGCUGGGAUAUAUAUGUUCAUAUUUUGAGUGAAACACAAACAAUGCCAGAUGAGAUUGUUGAUGAUCACCUGGACAAGGUUUUGAAGGCUCUUUUAUUACUUAUAGAAAAGGUUGAGAGAGAGAGAGAAGUAACUAUGAUAGCUUUGAAAUCAGAUAUAAGCAAACUUUUUGAAAAAACGUUAGAUUCUUGUGAUAUUUGUUCUUGCUUCCAGCAUAUGUAUAUCAUCCUCAGUGAACAUUUGGUGCAUCAGAUAUUUGUCAUGGUGUAUAAUCACUUAAACCAACUACAUGGGAUGUCACUAAGUAAAUUUUUGAAUAGAAAAAAGAUGAAUCUGGUUCCUCGGACAGGUUUUUCAAAUGAACAAGAGUUUCUAAAGAGAAAUCCAUCCCCAGAAAAGAUGCCUGUCAGGAUAUUGUAUCAGGUGAUAAAGCGUGUAUGUUUCCACUAUGAGAAACGGAGAAUUACCCCUAAAGAAGAACUGCUUCAAAUUUUGCAUGAAAUUAAAGAAGAAUACAAAACUCCUGUAAGGAACGAAAAAGAAUGUGUAGACAAAUGCUACAGACUUUUUAGAAUGCUUGAGGAUGCUUUUGAUAAGUUAUGUCGGAAGACUGGUAAAAAAAUGGAAGUGAUCAUUGGAAAAGUGGCCACAAAAACAUUGGCAGCAGAGCACAUUCAAAAGCCAUGUGAACUUCCAGACUUAUCAAUAUCCAUUAAGUCUGACUCACCUCUAGAGUCAUCAGCCUCCAGCACCACUUCCUUCAGAGUACAUAGAAGUCCCAGCACCAAUAAUAGUGGGCUGACCAUUGAAGAAGUUAAUGUUUGUGUGCUGCAUAAGGUGAUACGUCCAGGAGGUUUGGCUUCUCGAACCCUGGCUAUGAUCUUUAAAGCACUUGGUGGAGAGUUUGCAAAAAUAAAAGAUAACGGAAAAGUUAUGAGGAACUGGUUCAAAGAUGAUGAAAAGAAGUUUAUAGAAGAAAACUUGAAUGAUGAUCUCACUUCUUUAGCUCAAAAAAUAUCCCAGAAAGACAUAACCUUGCUUUGUAAGCUACUUAGAUAUGGUUCCUCAUUACUGUCAGCAGAAGAAUGUGAUUGGUCCCUCAAAAGUAAUAAUAAGUAUACAAUAGAAUAUAACAUCACUGUCAUCAAAAAUGUGAGAAAUACAUUUGCUCAUGAAGUUAUCUCCAUCAAUACUAAAGAUUUGGAUAAAAAAUUAGAUAUUCUCAGAGAGUCCUUGCAUACAAUUAUUGAAAAGGCUAAAACACUGUUGGAAUAUCACAAUUGUGAUAUGAUAUCAGAGCUUGAAAAAUAUCAAACAAUAAUGGAAAGUGAAUUGCAGGAGAUUUAUAAAAUUUCGCAACAUCUGUCUGUCAAUAACGUGUGGAAAGAGUUGAUUAAAAUGAGAGAUGAGGUGAUAGAAACUGCCCAGCAGGAGUUGAUGCAGCCACACCUGUACGGAGAGAGCAUACAGAACAUGUCCCCCAUCACUGGCAGCACUGACUCUCGCCUCAAUGCCCUCACAAUGGAAAAAGUGUUUAUGGAACGUCAGUUGGAGGAUAAGAAUGAUAUAAAUGCUGGAAUUAAGGGCACUUACAAGUUGGAGGAUAUCUUAUUCUCUCAUGAUAGUAUACUUGAUUCAUAUAGAGUUUUUAUAAUCCAUGCAAAACCUGGAGAUGGAAAAACAUCCAUUUGUAAGUAUCUAUUUCAUCUUUGGUCUCAGGAUAUUGCAGCAUCCUCUCACAAGGGUGUGGAACUCCUAUUCUACAUACCUUGUAGAUAUGUCACAAUUAAAAGCCUGUCUGCAUAUCUGAAGGGCAAACUCCCUAAAGCAUUUGGAAACACUAAAAAUGAGGAUAUAAUUCCUAUCCUACAGGAACCCCAAGUCCUCUUUGUAAUGGAUGGCUAUGAUGAAGCUGGAGAGGAAGCCAAGUGCCUCAUUAAUGAGAUUCUUACCUCCCUGCCUGAUAGUAGGAUGAUAAUCACAACCAAGACUCAGUGGGCUCCCAAAAUCAUAGAAAAAGUGAAAACAGUGACCUUCGAUUACAAAGUCUUGAGGGUUGCUGAAAUGACUAAAGAGAUGGAAAGGCAGUGUGUCAAGAAAUUAUUCAAUGCCAUGAAGCAGGAUACUGAGGAUUGCAAUGAUUUUUUGAGGAACCUUGAUGAAAUGAAAGAAAAUUUGAAUAUUUUAACUCAUGUGCCCCUUACUUUAACUCUUUUAGCCCUCCUCUGGAUUGAAGAACCUAAGAGGACAAAAAAGAUAAGAACAUUAGCAGAACUGUUCCAAAAAUUGACAGCCUUGAUAAUUAAAAGAGUCGCUGCACAGCUUCACAUGGAUGAUACUUUUAACCUUCAUGAUUGGAUGAUAAAGCUGGGAGAGAUAGCUUGGAACAAUCUCAAGAACAAGAAACAUCAUCUUGGUGAACAAGACCUGAUAUAUUUGAACAGGGUAGCAAGUAAACUAGAUCUGGGUAAAGAGGGCUACAACCACAUGAUGUCCAGUCUCCUGUACUGUGAGAUCCAUGAGAAUCUGCUUAAUGAUAUUGAAAAAAAAUGGACAUUUACAGUUACCAGCCAGCAAGAAUAUUUUGUUGCUGAAUAUGCAGUUGAUGAGCUCUGUCAUGAAAAAAAAUCUCUCAAAAGUAUUCUUGAACUCUCAGAAAAAGUUGAUGAAAAAUAUAAGAAACAACUGCAAAGGUUGAUUCCAGUCAUAGAAUUAAUUUGUGGGCUCCUUGCUUUCUAUGAUAAGAUAACAGACAACAUAAAAGAGAUAACAGAAAUAAUGUCAAUAAAAGAAUCAUGGUCUUUCAUUUCACUGGAUAAUAUGUUUAGAUACUUGAUAGGAGAAAGUCCUCAAGUAAAGCAUGUGGUAAAAAGUAUGUUCAAAAAUGAGAAGCUGGGCACUAUUGACAAUUGUGACCCUCAGAGCAUUCUUUGGGUGCUAAACAACACAUCUCUAGACGUUGAGGAGGAAGUGACAGUGUGCAGUACUGUUGAUGAUUUGUGGAAACUGAGCCCAUACUGGACUAUUUACGGUCUAGAUCAUGCAAGAUAAAAGUUGUAGUGGAUGUUGAUAAAAUAAGCAACCUUUCAAACUUAACAAAGUUACUAGAAAAGGAAAAAUAUAAGGCAGUCAGAUUUUUCCUUUCACCUUGGAAGCCAAUUUGCAUCUCUGAGCUAAUCAUGGCUUGGAACUUUAAGACACCACUCCAUCUUUGCCUACCUCCUGAAGUCUUCCCGCUGGUGUGGUGGAAACUGCUCAUGUGCCUCUUGGCCAUGGACAAGAAAGUUAGCAAGGUGAUGUGCACUGAUUCUGACCCCAGAAUCCUUAGUCUUGUACAUAAAGGAGUAAUUAAACUAAAAGCCAAACUUGUUAAAGACUUCUUUUUGAAGGCAACAGAAAUAGUUAUUUUUGUUUGACCCUUUCAGUACCAUUGCAGCAGUUUUGUUAUAUUCUCAAUAUUAUUGUAGAUUUGUGUUAAUUUUAGGAUGUUUUUUUUUUUUCUCUCUCCUUAAUCAAGGUGAUAAAAAUAAUCUGUUAUUACUCCACUAUAAUUUCACAUUUAUUUGCUUCAUAUUGUUGCUAACGGUUGAAAAUUUUAUAUAAGUCUGAAAAUUGGCUGUAGUAUUGAAUGGUAUGUUGGGAUUUUAUAAUUUUUGCCCUUAUGAGCUGGAUGCAAUUUUCUAAGAUAGAGAUGAAAAUAAAGAUAUGAACUUA